AGAGGCAGAGGAGGAAGAGGGUUCUAGAAAAAGCAGACCUCAGCUGAGCCGCGAGCACAUUUUGAAGCCGCCGAGCGACUUCCCUUCCUCCGCUCUCCCCCACGUUAGGGCGAUCCAAGCAGUUGGGAGACAUGAUGAUGAUGGUGGUGGUGUGAAGCCGGCAUCAUCAUCAUCAUCAUCAUCAUCAUCAUCCUCCUCCUCCUCGCCGAAUGCGUCACUGCACUCACACAACAAGCAGGAUUGUUCCCUGCAACCACUCGCACUCUCCGCCAGGUGAGUCCAUGCACGUCCCCGCGCUGAGCCCCCAGCUGGAGCAGCACAGAGGCUGAAGAAAGAGCGGCUAUGACACCCUCCAGCUCUGAGGCCCCCGGCUUCCUCGGCCUCCUCUGGCCCCCCGCCGACAACCGCACCCGCACGGAGCAGCUGGGCGCCUUCCCGCCGCUGUCGUCCACGCUGGCGCUGCUGGUGCUCGUGGCCGUGCUGGCGGGCAUCGUGCUGGUCUCCGUGGCGACCUUCCACUUCCACAAGAGGCGGCUCCAGAAGCGGAAGAUCCAGCGCGCCCAGGAGGAGUACGAGCGCGACAGCGGCAGCCCGGCGCGUGCCGCCGGCGCGGCGCCCGCCCGGCCUUGCGUCAUCGCCCGCCCGCCGCGCGAGAAGAUGGAGAGGGGGCGGGGCUUAGCGGAGGAGGCGGAAGGUGGAGGAGGUGAGGCGCAGGAGGACGCUGUCACGCUCAGGAAAUGAGACCAUGCGGAAGGAAAGGCAAAAGCAAUAAGGCACAACGUUAUCAUCCAUCACUGCUGCUUGUAGAUGAUUAUUGAUUAUUGAUUAUUAGUAUCAGGAUAGUCAACAGGAGAAAACAUUGAAGUUACACAACUCCAGCAACUCUUUCAACUUUGGACAUUUUUACACACUCAGUUGGGUUUCCAUAUCGACAAGUCCCGCCUUCCUGCGUUGC